GUCGGGGUGGGGCUGGGCAUAGGAGGGGCCCGAGGGGAACAUGUAAACAGCACCUUGUUGGGGAACUCGGGGUGACUUGUCGCAUCCCCGUCUUGUUUUCAAAUGGUCUCUCACGAGCCUCGUGUGGCACGGGGCACAGGCCUGGCUCCUGGGUCUGAGGUCUGUCUGGCCCUUGUCACCGGAAACCAGAGCAGAGCGCGGCCCUGGAUGAGGACCGCGAUAAGCCAGCAUGCGGUGGCUCAGCUUUCGGGGCAGCUGUGGGCAGGAGGAGAGCUGGCGGGCAUCGCCCAGCCUGGCUGCCGGGCCAGACUGGCCCAGCUGUCCCUGAGAGGGGCUGGCUGUGUCUCCGCUGCCCUGGGUUCUGGGCGCCGGGAGUGGGAGGGGAGGCUGGUGGUGGCUGCCACUUCAUACACCAGGAGGGCUGUUCUCACGUGGUUGGCCAUGGUGCGGGGCACGCAGCCCCCAGGCGCGCAAGGCAUCCACAGGAGACGCGGGUGGGCUCCUUGGGGGUGGGUCUGCGGGGAGGACUGGGCGCCCCAUAGCCAAGCCUUCCUGCCCUUCCGCGGGUCCUGGGAUCAAGGGCGGGUCAGGGAGGCAUGAGGAACAGGGUCCCCAGGCAGCUCCCCACGGGCUCAGUGGUCGGUUCUCAGGCUCCCCUGGGCUGCCCCGCGCCGGGAGACUGCUUUGUUCGGAGGGACAGUGACACACAUGCAGUGAGGCUCCUGGUCCCGGGAGAAGCACAGGUGCUUUGCGGUCGGGAGCAAAGACAUGUCCACGUGGGUGUUUGGGGCCGAGCGGUGGGACAACCUCAUCUACUAUGCGCUGGGGGGACACAAGGACGCCAUCGUGGGCUGCUUCUUCGAGUCCAGCAGCCUGGACCUGUACACACUCAGCCAGGACGGCGCCCUGUGCGUGUGGCAGUGUGACACCCCCCCUGAGGGCCUGAGGCUGAAAGCCCCCGCGGGCUGGAAGGCGGACCUGCUGCAGAGGGAGGACGGGGCGGAGAGGGAGACCACCGUCCACGGGAAGGCCGCACCAACUGCCGAGGAACAGCAGGGGAAAGUGAAGUACUCGCGGGCGGCCAAGUACUUCUUCAAUAAAGAAGGAGAUUUCAACCAUCUGACAGCUGCAGCAUAUCACAAGAAGGUCCACCUCUUGGUCACUGGUUUUGCUUCCGGAAUCUUCCACCUUCACGAGCUCCCCGAGUUCAACCUCAUCCACUCCCUGAGUGUCUCGGAUCAGAGGGUCUCGUCCAUCGCCAUCAACGGCUCUGGGGACUGGAUUGCCUUCGGGUGCUCAGGCCUGGGCCAGCUGCUGGUGUGGGAGUGGCAGAGCGAGUCCUACGUGCUCAAGCAGCAGGGCCACUUCAACAGCAUGGUGUCCCUGGCCUACUCCCCCGACGGGCAGUACAUUGUGACCGGCGGGGACGACAGCAAGGUCAAGGUGUGGAACACCCUCAGCGGCUUCUGCUUCAUCACUUUCACGGAGCACUCGAGUGGGGUCACCGGCGUGACCUUCACCUCCACUGGCUACGUCAUUGUGACCUCUUCCAUGGACGGGACCGUGCGCGCCUUUGACCUUCACAGGUACCGCAACUUCCGCACCUUCACGUCCCCGCGCCCCACCCAGUUCUCCUGUGUGGCCGUGAACUCAAGCGGGGACAUCGUCUCUGCUGGGGCCCAGGACUCUUUUGAGAUCCUCAUCUGGUCCAUGCAGACGGGCAGGCUCCUCGACGUUUUGUCCGGCCACGAGGGGCCCAUCAGUGGUCUGUGUUUUAACCCAAUGAAGUCAGUCUUGGCCAGCGCCUCCUGGGACAGGACGGUGCGUCUGUGGGACAUGGCGGACAGCUGGAGGACCACAGAGACGCUGGCCCUCACGUCCGACGCUCUGGCCGUGACCUUUCGCCCUGACGGUGCGGAGCUGGCUGUGGCCACGCUGAACUCGCAGAUCACCUUUUGGGAUCCCGAAAACGCGGUGCAGACGGGCUCCAUCGAGGGCAGGCACGACCUCAAGACGGGCAGGAAGGAGCUGGACAAGAUCACUGCCAAGCACGCAGCCAAGGGGAAGGCCUUCACCACUCUGUGCUACUCUGCGGACGGCCAGAGCAUCCUGGCGGGAGGGAUGUCCAAGUUUGUGUGCAUCUAUCACGUCAAGGAGCAGAUUCUCAGGAAGAAGUUCGAGAUCUCCUGCAACCUCUCUCUGGACGCCAUGGAGGAAUUUUUGAACCGAAGGAAAAUGACAGAGUUUGGCAACCUGGCGCUCAUCGACCAAGAUGCCAUGGAGGAGGGCGGGGUCCUGAUACCGUUGCCGGGCGUAAAGAAGGGUGACAUGAGCUCUCGGCACUUCAAACCUGAGAUCAGGGUGACUUCGCUCCGCUUCUCUCCCACCGGGCGCUGCUGGGCGGCCACCACCACCGAGGGGCUCCUCAUCUACUCCCUGGACGCCCGGAUGCUCUUCGACCCGUUCGAGCUGGACACCAGCGUCACGCCCGUGCAGAUCCGGGCGGCGCUGUGCCAGCGGGACUUCACCAGGGCCAUCCUCAUGGCCUUCCGGCUCAACGAGAGGAAGCUGCUGCAGGAGGCCCUGGAGUCGGUGCCCUGGGACGAGAUUGAGGUCAUCAGCUCCUCCCUGCCUGACUUGUACGUGGAGAAGGCGCUGGAAUUCUUAGCUUCAUCCUUCGAAGAGUCUCGCCAUCUCGAAUUCUACCUCAUAUGGACUCAGAAGCUGCUUAUGGCCCACGGACAGAAGCUCAAGUGCAGAGUGGGGACACUGCUGCCGGCAGUUCAGUUCCUUCAGAAGAGCAUCCAGCGCCACUGGGACGACGUCUCCAAACUCUGUGACUGGAACCGCUACAAUCUACAGUACGCUCUGGCCGUCUCUAAGCAGCGGGGCCUGAAGCGGCCCUCUGAACCGCCGGGCAGCGAGCAGGAAGCAGAUGCACCCGAGGGCGAUGACAACAGCCUGCACCUGCUCAGGAGAGGACCUGGGGAUGGAGACGGGCCGCUGGCCUAGAGCUGGCCGCCUGCAGCCCUGCUGGCUUCGGCUGGGACGUUGGGCAAGGUGGGACCUCCACCGCGGGGGGCAGCGGGGAUGCAAGGGCACUGCUGCCAGGACUCGCUCUUCUGCAGGAACCAAACACGGCCACGGGGUCAGUGCGUGAGCUGACGGGUCCCUGGCAGGCGCGGGCUUGGCACCCAGGGCCCAGGAGCGUCUGCCGUCGAAAGCACCUUGCGGAGAGGUGAAUGGGCUCACGUGUAUAGACUCAAACUUUGUAUGAGUUUUUAUGUUUUUAAUAUAAAGCUUUGAUAACGUG